AUCGGGUUUCGUUAUUGAAAAUGUUAUCAAUGUCAAAUUUCAGUAAGUUGUCUGUCUGUCCUAACUGCAUUCUAUGAUGGCGCAAGUUUUUAAAAUUCAGGCAGCAAUCAAAAAUUAUGAUUGGGGUAAAGUGGGAAUGCAAAGUGUUGUAGCACAGUUACAAAAGGAAGGAUGCAAUAAUUUUAGAGUUGAUGAAAAGACUCCUUAUGCUGAAAUGUGGAUAGGCACUCAUGAUUCUGGUCCUGCCCUCAUCCCAACUCUUAAAAAUAUAAAACUAAAAGAAUGGCUUUUAGAGAAUCCUCAGUGUCUUGGGGAUAACAUUAGAAAAGCAUUUAGCCAUAUAGCAGGAUUGCCAUUUCUUUUUAAAGUAUUAUCGGUGAAUAAAGCUCUUUCCAUUCAAGCACAUCCCAAUAAAAAAACCGCUGAAAAGCUCCAUCAGAUGUAUCCCGAUAAAUAUCCAGAUGAUAAUCACAAACCAGAAAUGGCAAUAGCUUUGACUAAUUUUGAAGCUUUAUGUGGUUUCCGUCCAUUAUGUGAAAUACAAACUUUUUUUGUUGAAAUACCUGAAUUUCAAAAAAUCGUCGAUUCGAAAAUUGUGGAAAUGUUUUUAAAUUCUAAAAAUAACGAUGCAUUAAAACCUUUAUUUACUGCCAUUAUGACAUGCUCGCCAAAAACAUUUCAGCCAAUAUUAUUGCAAAUUUUAGAAUAUUUUAAACAGAAGCAAUUUAAAAAUCCACUAUGUGAAUCUAUUCAUGAUUUGUUUCUUAGGACAUAUGAUCAAUAUCCAGGAGACAUUGGUUGUUUUUGUCUAUUUUUUCUUAAUUAUUUGAAGUUGAAGCCAGGUGAAGCAAUUUUUUUAGCGGCAAAUGUGCCACAUGCAUAUCUUUCUGGUGAUUGUAUUGAAUGUAUGGCAUGUUCUGACAAUGUUGUUAGAGCUGGAUUAACUCCAAAGUUCAGAGAUGUUAAUACAUUAUGUGAUAUUCUGAUGUAUGAUUGUAAUAAAAGUGAAGAAAAUAAGUUUUUACCUAUCUGUGAUCCUGAAGAUCCAUAUGUAAAAAUAUUUGAUCCACCAGUUCCUGAAUUUGUUGUUGAUUCAAUUGAACUCAAGAAGCAAGAAACAUCAUAUAUACUGAAAAUUCUUCAAACUGCAUCUGUGUUACUUGUUGUGAAAGGAAAGGGUUCUUAUAAAUAUGAAAAUGAAGAAGGAGAUUUAAUGCCAGGAUCUAUAUUGUUUAUAUCCAGUGGCUGUCAAGUUUUUUUAAAUCCUGCUGUCGAAUUUCUUAUGUUUAGAGCUUAUUGCAAUGCUUAGAGCAACAUUUUUUUUUUUUUUUCAAUAACGGCUCCUUGAUUAGAAAGGUUGUGUGCAAGUAUAAAAUUGUGAUUAAUCAAUUAUGGGGAAAAUAUAGUACAGUAUUUUUUUCUUCUUUUUUUUGUGCUAGUAUUUCUUAUUGCUUUAUGUAAUUAUAUUAUCUGUGUUGUUUUCAUGUAAUGAUUCAAUAUAUUAGUUUUCUUUUAAUUUCAUCUAAGAUUCAAUUUAGUAAAUUCUUAAUUUCUGACUCAAUUAGCUGGAUUCUAGUUAAUUUUAUAUACUAAUUGAAUUAUGAAUAAAAAAAUGAGAUUAACAUUUCUUAUAUUUUACUGUAGUAAAAACUUUUAUACUAUGGUUUCUGUAAAUAAAUAAUAUAUUUAAAAGAAAAAAUAAAUGUAUUCAUGGAUUAUCUUGAAAUUUUCUUUUGUGUGUGUGUGUGUGUGUUAAUAUUGGAAAUUGUUUUGUUUCUUUGUAUAAUUUAUUUUUUUAAGUUAUUUGGAAAAUUGUCUCAAGUCUGAUAAUAUUUUGCUCAAUAUGAAACAAAAAAAUUAUUUACUUGCUUCUAGAAAUUCUGCUAUAUUGUAUAUUCAAAGUGUCAAUUCUCCUGAAGGUUAUAAAAAAAAUAUGAAAGUACCUAGAAUUAAUAUUUUUGGAGGAAUUUAUGAAAUGUAAUUUGUUUACAUAUGUAACUAAAUAAAUGUGCAUUAAAUUAUUGUUCUAUUGAUUUAUGGCUAAGGGAAAUAUCUAUGUAUUUUCAGGUACUAACUUAAAAUCAUGAAAUGAAGUCUCUUGAUUAGCUAUUGAGCAAAGGACUCGUAUAUUAUAAAAAUUUAAUUAGCAAAGAUUUCCACAAAAUAAAGGAUGGAUUUAAUACAGGGUACAAUUAAAUAUAUCUCAUUAGAAAUUGGAUAGAAAUGAAAAUUAUACGUAAAAAUAUUUCAAAUAAAAAAAAACCUAAUAGAAUUUUUUUUUUUACUUGGAAAAUCUUAAUGAAUUGAAAUUUGAAGUCAAGCAUCAUUUUUGGGUUAGAAAAUCUGGACUAUUUUCUGGUUUGAAGGAAUCCAUUUUGCAGAGAGAUUUACCUAGAAUAUGGUUUUAGUUUGACAAGUUACCUGCUCAUAAAUCCUUUCAGCUGUAUAUAUCUUUUGAUCAUUGCAUUUGUGAAAUAACAUCAUUGGAUUAUGAGAAGCACAUUUAAGUCAGUUAGAUCAGUUUAGUUUAGUUUAGUUAUAUUAACAUCCCGUUGUAAAGCAACACUAGGGCUACUUUGAGACGGACCUCGUAAUUUUGAACCACGGUCAGAUGACGAGGACAACACAUGAGCUGGCACCCCCCUCUCCACACCACACCAGCGGGAGGAGUCAGUUAGAUCAGAGUUGUAAUUAGAGACUUAGCAGUCCCUGGAUAGUAAAUGUUAAUUUGUCCCCUUUUUAUUAUUUUUUUUCCUUAAAAUAAAUCACUUUUGUAUCUGCAAAGCCUUUUUCCUUUCCUCAGAUCACAGUGAUUAUUAUAUCCCUAGGUUUGGGAUUAUUCCAAAAAUAAAUUCUCUGAAAGAGGAUAGAAUAAAUAAAAAAUAGAUAGGAAAUAUUAGUAUACUAACAAUGUUGCAUAAUGAUCGCAAAUUUGUUUUGCAAAAUAUUUUUGUUUUUAGUUGAGAAAAAAUUA